ACACUCCGAUCUAAGGCUAAGACCAUGUCUGAGGAGGCUACCAAACACAAGACCCAUCCGGCUCCUGCCUGGCUCACCUCGGACUACGUGCAGGAAAAGUUGAGUAUCUGCUUGAAGGACAAGUCCCUUAAAUUGGAGAAACUGAGUGUAGAGCCGAUCAUCGCUAAUGGUGGACACUACGGCAGUGUGAUGACCCGCAUCCAUGUGGAGUAUACCACAAAGGCGUCGAAGGAUGUGCAGGCCACCACCUUCCUUUCUAAGACCACAUUUGCGGACAAGGAUCCUGCUGGGGAUGUGCUCAUCCACUACGGAGUGUACACACGCGAAAUGGAUAUGUACGAAAAGAUUUUGCCCCAAUUGGCGGAUCUGGUUAGAAACGAGCUGAAGGAUCCGAGAAAGAUGUUUGCUGCCACCAUGAACGUAGACCGCGAACGGGAUUCCAUUAUCUUCGAGGACCUGUCGCUGGAGCACUAUACGGUGGCCGAUCGCCGGAAGAAACUGGAUUUGGAGCACACUCACCUAUUACUCGAGAAAUUGGCCAAGUUCCAUGCUGCCGGAGCAGUUCUUGCCGAACGGCAGCCGGGGAUCUUCUCGAAGAACUACGAUCGAGGCUUCUUUAACAAACAUACACGGGCCUAUGGGCCCAUAAUGACGAACCUUCUGGAGGCUUUGUCGCGAUCCCUUAGUUCGGAUCCGGUUCUGGGUCAGCGCUACAAGGCCAAGAUCGAUCUGCUUGUGCAACGCCUCAUGGACUAUGGAGAGCGAUCGACAUCUAUAAAUCCGGGAGAUUUUGUGACCCUAGCUCAUGGAGAUCUCUGGACCUCGAACUUUAUGUUUCAGUACGAUGCGAAGGAUGGUCAUCCCACCAAUGCCAUCUUCAUAGACUUCCAGUUCAGCGUGUGGAACUCACCGGCCAUUGAUUUGCACUACUUUUUUGCCACAUCGCUGCAGGAUAAUCUCCGCCUGGAACGACAAACAGAGUUGGUGCAGUUCUAUUACUAUAAGCUGGUGGAUGCCCUCAGGAAGUUAAAGUUCUCGGGCAGGAUUCCCAGUUUGUUUGAGUUUCAGCUACAGUUCCGUGCCAGAGGGUUCUAUGCUGUCUUUUGUUCCUUGGUGUUCGAGCCUGUGAUGCAGUACGAUGGCAAGGAGAAUGCCUCCAUUGAGCAGGUACUUUCCAAUUCCGAAAGUGGCAUGCGGUUCAAGGACUCCGUAUACGAGUCCAAGGCAAUUAAAAAGAAAUUGUCCAUCAUUCUGCCUUUCCUUGAUCAAUUGGGCUUACUAGAUGAUAUGUGAAAAGUGUGUUUAUAGUUUAAGUAAACAAAAUGUUUUUGUAGUAGUUAAGAUAGUUAAAAACAGUCAAUUAACUAUGUAUAUACAUUUUCUUGGAAUUUCAA